CCAGUCUCGUGAUCUGAGAGCGCGUUUUCCCUAUAACAUGUAGCAUGUGUUUUCAUUUUGCGGGACGUUGUCUUUGUUUAUAGCGUUAAGCUGCUAUGCAAAUAAAUCUGAUUAAACUCGCAGUGCUAACGAUUAUUUUAUUCCUUGCGAAUUAGGAGCGAAGAAAUUGCGAGACGGCAAUGGCGACCGGAAAUGAAUCGCACGUGCUGAUCGCGAUGGACGAGAGUCCACACAGUGACUAUGCUUUUGAGUGGUAUCUUGAGAACGUCCAUAAGCCUAACACCUACGUGAUUCUGUUUCACGCCGUAGAGUAUCACAUGAUAGCUACAAUGCCCAUGGGAGUCGGAAGCGCGGAACUGAUCAACCAAACAAUAAUGGAAGAAAAGGGUCGCGCGGAGGCAUACUUGAAGAAACUCACUACUAUGAUGAAGGAACAUCAUUUGCACGGUAAAGUGAAGCAGACGACAGGCCCGCCAAGGACAGAGAUAAUCCGGGUUGCAGAAGAGGACAAAGCUGACGUCAUUAUAUGCGGCACGCGCGGGAUGGGCACGGUGCGCAGAACCCUACUGGGCAGCGUAAGUGAUCACGUGAUGCACCAUUCGCACGUGCCAGUUCUCGUCUGCCGUCAUAAGGACGACCCCCAUCACCAUCAUCUGGGCCAUCACCACGAGCCACAGAAAGAAAUUAAAAUGUAGUUUGUACUGAAAUGAUUAUCAAGCCGUUGCUUUAA